UCACCAAGCACUUACAAAUAUGACUGAUGACAGAUGUGUAUCCGGCGGACAGAGCCUUGUCUCUCCAACCAGGCUUUGGGUCACGCCAGCUGACCUCAACAGUAAAGAAAGCUCAAAAUUGUCCUUGGCUGAAGACUGGAUGAGAGCAAACCCACUAUGUCCAGAGCUAUCUGGGACAAAAAACCCCACUGCAGCAACAGCUGAUGUGUUUGUUCUGAGCCAAGCUGAUGACGAGGGAUCUGACUCAAACAGCAAGGUUAACUCUGACUCUGAUUGCCUGUCGAAGUCUUGGUGCCAGACAGUGGACAGCUUUUGUGUCAGGGAGGACAGCGAGGAAACGGAUGCUGAGAGCGUCUCUUUGUUGAACUCAUUCAGCUGCUCCUCAGAUCCCUCCAACCCACUUAACCCUCAAUUCCCACUCAGGAUUCAAGGGCCAGACAAGGCCUCUCCAUCAUCUUCAUUUGGAUGCAAGGACAAGGCCUCCACCCCGACCCCCUCCACUUCAACCUCUUCUUCCUCCAUGGCCAAGAGUUGUGUUUCAACCAAAAAGGUUCAAUUCUCUGAAUAUGUGGAGGUGUGCUUCCUCAGUUAUGAGGAGGAUCGCCGGGGUCCCUGGCUGAAGGCGGCCUUUGACCGCAUGCGAUUCAAGAAACGCUGCCAGGACAUUGAGAUGAUCAUUGACUACUGCCUCCAGCCGGAGCACCGCAGCUUUAUAUACAGUUACCUCUAUGGCAAGGACACAUCUGUGUGAAGGAAACAGCUGACUUUUCCUGUUUUCCAACCUUGUUUAUUUCAAAUUCAAUUUUUUUUUAUUUUCUUAUUAAUGUUACAUUGUUUCUGCAUUGUGGGUCCAGGAACUACAUAAAUAAGCAAACCAUACUA